AUGAAUCUCCUCGAACUUCACCAAAACUCCCCGUCCUUAUUAAAUCAAAUAAUUGCUAUUUCUUAUAUUGUUGUCACUAUUGUAUUUAUAGUUUGUGGUGUUUUACUUUUGCCUAUUUAUAUUUAUGUCAUUAAAAUUAAUAAAGCCAGAGAUCGGGAAAUUCACUUGUUUGCGAUGACGACUCAAUUUUACGGGAUGAUUGUGCAAAUGUAUUUCAUAGCAGCAAUAUUCGUUAUUUUCCAUUUAGUGCUCAAUUUCGAUGACGAAACAGUGGUUGGUGCAUCUAAAACACAUUCCUUCUCACAUUCCUUUUUGUAUACCAACUUUAUAUUACUACUCAAGUUUUCCAGCUUUUGCUAUUAAGAGUUGCUCUCGAGAGGUUUAUUAUCUACUUUUUCCCGGAGCUUGAAAAAUAUUUGAAAACCUUGGUGUUCAAAAGAAAGUGGAACAUAUAUUUGUUAGUAGCAAGUAAAGAAAUACUUUUACUGUAUUGGCAUUUCACAAGAAUUUAUCCUUACGAUCAUCUGCUUGUAGUUUGGUUUUCGAGACUCUCACUGAUAUGGUUUGCAAUCGUUCUUCUCGCCAGUUUUUGCUAUAUUCCUAUUUUAAUAAGAGCUACGCCAACACACAAGACUAAGCUUCAGAAGUAUUUGUGCUGGCUGACUUUGCAAGUUUUAUUUGUUAAACUGGCCUAUCUCCCGCUUCUCAUCCCAUACGCCGCUUCCAUUCAGGUCCUCGCCUGCAUUUUGAUUGGUGUAGACAUUUUCACCUUGCCAUUUAUUGUUGAAGUAUCAUAUUUAUUAUGUGAUAGGAGGAACAUGAGAGUAGCGAUAUCUCUGGUCAAACGCUUCCAAAUUGCUGUAGGAUAUUUAUGUGGUAGCCGAGGAGAAGCUACAGUACGCCCAGCAGAAAUCCAAAGAGGAAGAAUGAAUUCAAUAUUGCCGUAA